GAUGCCAACAGCAACAUGGGUAUUACCAACACCAGACGAAGUAACCUGCUAUGUAGUGCAUAUACUUGUCCGUUAUGGUGGAGAACGCACGCACGUUUCACGAACCCGUGUGCAUGUGUGGAAGAGGUUCCUGAGAGCUCAGGAAUGAAGAGGCACUUGUCGACGCUAUUGCUCAACUGGCCAGGCAGAAAAACCUUUGGCCCCUACAGCUUUAUGCCAGUGUUCUUCAUCUUUGGGGCUGCACUUGAGUUUGCAAUGAUCAAGUGGACUCCUGGAGGAAAGACCAACUUCUCGACAGGCUUUCCACCAUGCCCUAUGGACAUCCCUGGCCGGCAUUCUUGCGCUUUUGUGGAGCAGCCAUGCUGUCCAUGUUUGCUGGAGCGCAGUGUGUUCACCAUUACUACAAGCCCCUCUCUGAUUUGCAUGUGUAUGUAGAAGAAGAAAGGCGUUUACAAGCAUCACGUGUGCUCAGCCAGCAGGAUGACAUAUCCAAAUCAAAGCAGGAACUAAUGUAGUAGUCUCGGUAGGUGUAUUGGAUAUUAUGAAAAUAAACAGGCUACAUGGCUGUGUUUUCACACA